AUGAUUGUUACACUUUUGUUGUGGGUAACACUCUUAAUUGUGUCUCUGGGAAUUAAACAAACAAAAAGCAAUAUUUCGAACUUUACAUAUGUAGAAACAGUAAAAUAUGGUGAAAAUAUGUUACCUAAUGUGUGGAACUCGAUCGUGUAUGAUGAUGGAACUAUCGUUUUACGUAUAGUUCGUGAAGAUCCUGGUUCCAACAAACUUUUACCAAAUGCAACAAUAUCAAAUACAACAAUAUGCUUACAAAAUUUAUUAUCAUUGAGAAUUUUAUUUUCUAACGGAACAGUAAUUGAGCAAGAUAUUGACUUGGAAAUUCAAUCACUAAAUUAUUGCAUUUCUAAACUUGAGGUUAAUUCGGAUCUUUUUGAUCCCAUCAAGAUUUAUGCGUUGAAAACUAAUUAUGUUCUAGUAACUUAUUAUAAUGCUACUAAUGUAAAUGAUAAUUCUACAUAUUCAUAUUGGGGAAUGGUCGUGGACUGGAAUGGAAAUAAAUACCGUCCAAUAAACUUUGGUUCUACAAUAUUCUCGAUGCAAAAUAUGAAUAGUGUUUGUAGAAAUAUUAAUCCAGAUAAAGGGUUUUUGCGUUUAAGUAUAUCUUCUAAUGUUAUUGACUGGAGACAAUAUAUCAUGGCCGAUAAUGGGGAUAUAAUUCAGUUAAAUGCAACUGGAACAAUUGAUAUUAGUGGUUCUUUUCGUAGUACUUUAUUCGAGGCGAUUUCAACAGUAAAUGAAGAUUAUGCUAUCAUCUUUGGUAGCACUUUUAAUUCGACAUCUAAUUCAACAUCAACAUCUAAUAAUUCAUCAGAUACUUUAUCUUCUCAUGGAACAUUACGUAUUUAUCCACUGGAAUAUAAUAAAAAUAGUACCGGAAUUUCACUUUUGCUUUGGCAAACCUCUCUACAAAACUUAACCUUCUCAUAUCUUCAAUGCGUUGUUUCUAAUACCGGUGUAGGCCAUAUGUGCACGAUGACAGUAACACAAUCAGUUCAAUCUGAAGAUGACACAGAUAUUAUCAUUAAUAACGUAUUUUAUGUUAAAGUUACUUUUCUUUCUUCGGGUUCUGCUCUUGGGUUUACAACAUUGAAUCAUAAUUUACCUCAAGGUGUACCAAAAGAUGUUGAUCAAUUAAUUAUUAAACCGUUGCCAUGUGGUGGAUAUUUACUUUCUGCAUAUACAUCUAAUGCGACUGGUGUAUUAUUUUAUGGUUACAUUUUUAAUGAAACCGGUCAAGAUCCAGUUCCAUGGGAACUAUCGAUACCUGUUAAUUUAAAUAUUGCUGGAGUAACAACCAUAUUACCAAACAAUUCUAUGAUUCUAGCAUUAAAUGAAACUGUUGAUACUAUGUUAGAUGCAAGUUCAUUAUCAUAUCUUAACGUGACCUUUCGCAAUUCUGUGGAACUUUCAAGUGGUAAAAUAUCAAUAUACCAAUCCGGUUCGACUACUGGAAAACAAAACCUUCGUCAAUCAACACCGGCAAAUUUAUGUACUAUCAUUAAUAAUGAUCUGACGGUGAAAGUGAAUAUUUUACCUUGCACUUUUAGUGUGCCUGGUGCCACUCCAAAAGAAGAUAUUUUUGCAGGUCUUUUACGUUUAACGGUGAAUGGUACAACGUACCUUAAUUCUCUCAAUAAAACACUUCGAAACCAAUUCUUUGCUAAUUUAACUGCUGAACUUUCUCAAAUGAUCCCGGUUGACCAAAGCCGAUUGUCAACAAAUGGAAUAUCUCAAGUAGAUCCUUCAAAUAAUAAUAAUGCCGAGAAACAAGAAUUAAUAAAUCUUGAAAUUAUGUCAACAAAAGAUCCCGGACAACCAAAUGUUAAUAGAAUUAUUAAUACUUUAGAUAAUUUAAUCAAGAAUAAAGAUUAUACUCCAAUAUCAACAGGUCAAACUACUCAAUAUUUGGAUUCCGUAUACGGAUUUCAACAAUCACCUGAUCUAUGGCAGAAGUAUAUGAUGAGAUUUAUAUUGAUUUUUGUUGCCAUCAGCAUUCCUAUAAUUCUCUUCAUUAUAGCGCGAUGUAAAAACAAAAAGGGACAUAACAUUGUUAUUAUACAUUUGGGCUUAAUUAUCUUUGAUUUAGUAAUUACUUCUCUCUUUGUUGGCAAUAAUGGUAAAGAUGUUAUAUGGCUUUAUAUUCCAAGUGUAGUUUUUUUAACAGUUCCAAUAGGAUUAAACAUCAUAGUAGCUUAUUUAAUAAUAGAUAUAGAAAAUAAAAAUAAAAAAUUUUUUGAUUGGUUUAUCAAAUUCGGAAAAGUUGCAGCAGUAAUUACAAUAUUAGCAGGUGCAAAUAUUGAAGCACUUACACUGUUAUUUUCCAAUAUUGCAGGGUUGAGAUGUUCUCGAGCUCCAUUUAGUUUAAGAGCAAAAGCUUGGAUUUUUUGGUGGUCUUGUUUUAAUAUAUUUAUUAAAGAUAUUCCUCGUAAAAAUCGAUGUAGACAUGAAGAUAUUGAUCAUUUUCCGGCAGUACCGAAUGAUGAUAGUGUUGAUAAUGAUCAUGACGACGGUAAUAAUGAUGAAGGAGAUAAUAUGAAUAAUUCAAAUGAUUUAAAUAAUUUAGAUAAUUCGAAUAAUUCGAAUAAUUCAAACAAUUCAAACAAUUCAAAUAAUUCAAAUAAUUCAAAUAAUUCAAAUAAUUCAAAUAAUUCAAAUAAUUCAAAUAAUUCAAAUAAUUCAAAUAAUUCAAAUAUUUCGAACAAUUCAAAUAUUUCGAACAAUUCAAAUAUUUCGAACAAUUCAAAUGAUUUAAAUAAUUUAAAUAAUUCAAAUAAUUCAAAUAGUUCAAGUAAUUCCACACAAAAAAUAUCAUCAUCUUUAGGAGGAAAUAUUUCAAGAGAUACGGAGAGUAGAUAUAGCAAUUAUAACGGUGGAAUAAAUGUUGUUGAUAAUGGUACAAGAUAUCCUACUGAUGAAGCAUACGAUGAUGAUAUUAUAGAAGUUGUUGGUGGAUCUUAA